AUGGCCAGUCAGGGCCUGCGGGAUUGUCGAAGGUCAGGUGCCAAUGGUGAAAUGGACUUCAUGUCAGCAUGGAUUGUGUCUCCUUCAGCUCUACCCUUUCUCUGUCUCAUCUUGGGCACGCAUGCCCAGCAGGCCUUCAGGACUGAGCCCAGGAACCUCACUGUGCGGAUGGGAGCCACAGCUGUGUUGAGGUGUGAGGUGCUGCGGGCCUCAGGGACUGUGCAGUGGGUGAAAGAUGGCCUCCUCCUGGGACCACAGAGAAGGCUGCCAGGCUUUGAGCGCUACAGCAUGAUUGGAAACCUCAAGAGAGGACAGCAUCAUCUGCAGAUUGAGAAGACCUUGCUGGAAGAUGAAGCUUCAUAUGAAUGUCAAGCGGGCCGAUCUGAUAGCAGUCAAGCUAUCAUUUCCAGCACAGCAUGGAUCUUCAUGUUAAGUGAGCACAACCAUGGAAGUGUGAACAGAGGGGAUGUGUGGGCUUAUGAAAUUGUACCUGGGAAAGGAAUGGUCCUGGAACAAUGUGCUACUCUGGCUGUGCAGGAUGGAGAAGAGGAGGUGGUGGAGAAAGAAUGCGCAGACUAUCGGGAGUGA